UGAUCGAUUUCUCUCACAGCGAUGUGGUAUUUUUGGCUGCAAAAGCUGAGGCAACACUGCGCGCGGGUCAGCAAAAAUAAUAGAGGUUCAUUUUGAAUGUUUUUAUAUUAAACGCGCAAAAUGGAAGAUCCGCGGGAAAGGAGAACAUUUACCAAUAUCAGCAAUAGUUUUGGCUUUGUUUGCAGGAUCAUAGAAAAGCAAUGCGGAAUACAGCAACUCGGAUCUCUUGAAAAAUACGAAUUUGUGGAGCUCCUGAAGAUUCUGAAUGGCACAGAAAAGUUUCUGGCCUCGAAGUUCUUCUGCCAACUGCCAGCGAAUGUGGGCAGUUUUCGAGUGCUUCGCCAGCUCCAGGAACUCAGAAUCCUGACGGCCACACAAUACAUCUUUAGCAAGGAGCACUCCGAUCAACUGCAGGUGGACUUGAUCAUAUUCCUGGAAUCCGAGUUCGAACUCCUCGCAAAUGUCUUCAUUUCAGCGGCUUGUGAUGCCGACUCUGCGAUGAUGCUUACCCUAAUACUGACAACCGCUUUGGGGAAUCUCUAUACCGGCCUUGUUGGUAAUCCCAAAAUCUGCAAUUUGGGAUAUGUUGAGUUCUUGAGCAAAACCCUGCCAGAUGAAGCGCUAAAUGUUUGUAUGAACAUGCAUUUAAGCACUCUAUUGGACCUUCACCGAUCGGAAAAUGUGGACGAGGCAUUCGCCAGCUUCAGCGCCUGGAUAAAUGAGGGCGUCGAUGAACUAACCUUUGUAAAGCACCUUUGCGAUAAGCUGUUUGUUGGCCAUCACCAGGCAGCCCUUCAAUACCUAUUCAAACAGUCAAACACGGACAACUUUAACCAGUGGAAGUUCUACCUGAUACUGGUGCAAUCCAUCGCAAGUGCAGCCGAUCCUGAAACCACCACAUACAUUAAAAAGUAUCUGAAAAACAGACUUCUGCAAACUGCAUCCACGGCUUGCAUUGGAUCCUUGCUCCAUUUGCUGCUGACUGCCAGAGCUGCAUCUGCCUCAACCAUGAAUGUGCAGAUUAAUCUGGACAACUAUGCGAAGUGGUACAAGCAGAACAUUGGUGAAAUGACGUACAUAUUGGGCACGGAAAAGUUUCAGACAAUCCUGAGGCUCUUGGAGGAGUCUUUAACCUACGAAAAGGAGUUGCAAUACCUAGAGAUUCAUGUGUCAAUCGCCAUUUCACCUGGUGGUCGUCUGGUUCAGGCCUACAAAACUAAGUGCAGGGCUCAUGCAGCUCAACUUAAAUCGGCAGCAAAGCGAAAGGCUUCCACAGACUAAAUGCAAGGUGAUAUUAUUAUUAAUUCUCAGGAAGGUCCGA